AAUAAGCAAGCAUAUUAUAAAGAAUUUUUUUGUUUUAUAUUCUGUAGUUGUGUAGUGGCAACACAGAAACAUUCUAAAUUUGAAUUUAAAAAUACGUUUUUCAAUUGUUGAUUCUAACCUUUUGGCAUAAAGUCUUGUGUUGAAAAAUCUCUGGCGGUAUGGUUAAACUAGGAGACACAUUUCCAAAUUUUUUUAUAAAAACAACUGUCGGAGAGAUGUACUUAAAUGACUGGAUUGGAGAUUCUUGGGCAAUUUUAUUUUCUCAUCCUGCUGAUUUUACCCCAGUCUGUACCACAGAGUUAGCUCGCUUGGUUCAACUACAUGAGGAGUUCUCCAAACGUAAUUGUAAACUGAUUGCUUUAUCAUGCGAUUCCAAAGAAACUCAUUUGAAAUGGUUAAAUGAUAUUAAAGUAUAUGCUGGCACGUUACAAGAAGGAUUUCCUUAUCCCAUAAUUGAUGAUGAAAAUAGAGACAUUGCUAUAGAAUUGCAAAUGAUUGAUCCUGAUGAAAAAGAUGCUCAGGGACUACCUUUGACUGCACGAGCUGUUUUUAUUAUUGAUCCAAAAAAAAAAAUGAGGCUCUCCAUUUUAUAUCCAGCAACUACAGGUAGAAGUUUCGAAGAAGUUUUAAGAGUUCUUGAUUCUUUACAAUUAUGUGAUAAACAUAAAGUGGCCACCCCAGAAGGGUGGAAGAAUGGUGAUGAUGUAAUGGUUCAACCAUCUGUGUCUGCAGAAGAAUUGAAAUCUUCGUUCCCAUCAUUGACCAUAGUUCAAUUACCAUCGGGCAAGCAAUAUAUUCGAAAAGUUCCUCAACCAAAUUGAUGUUGAGAAAUUUGAUAUAUUUUUUUUCAUUUUUGUCAAAUAAAAUAUAAUUUAGAGUUUUAUUGUCUAUACUUAUAAAAUAGGUGUUGCAAUUUGAAAUUCAAAAUGAAGCAAAU